AUGGGCAGAGGAAAAAUUGAGAUUAAAAAGAUUGAGAACCUCAACAGCCGGCAGGUGACGUUUUCGAAACGGCGCGGCGGAUUGAUGAAGAAGGCGAAGGAGUUGGCCGUCCUUUGUGAUGCUCAGGUCGCCGUCAUAAUAUUUUCCGGCACCGGAAAAUUGUACGAGUUUGCUAGUUCACGUAUGGAGCAAAUUUUAUCAAGGUACAACCAAAACAAUGAAGGUCUUGAACUUGCAACAGUUGAGCACUCUCCAAUUCAGAAUGACUUGGCUGAGAUAAAUGCUCUGAAGGAUGAAAUCGAAAGGCUUCAAUCGAUUAAUCGCAAAAUGAUGGGCAAGGAGCUUGAAGGCUUAAAUUACAAUGAUUUGCACAACUUGGAGCAACAGCUUACUGAAGGAAUUUUGUCAGUGAAGGAUAAGAAAGAGAAAGUACUCCUGGAGCAGCUUGAAAAAUCAAAAUUGCAGGAAAAAAGAGUUGUGCAGCAAAAUGAUGCACUGCUGGAAAAGAUUGAAGAGCUUCGACACCACGCAAGGCUGAGCAGUAGCGAAAAUCAUCUACACGUCCGAAAAGACGCGUGCGUGAGCUCGAGCAGCAUAUCUGAGAAAGAAGGAACUUCUGAUACUUCCUUGCGUUUAGGAUUUUCGUCGGUCGAUCUUUCUGGGAAGACAACAGUAGCUAAAACCGAGCCAGCCGAUGACCGGAAAAAUGCCAUGAUAAUGGACUAA